AAUCAAAGCAGUCGUUUGGUUUUGGAUUAAAUCCAUGCAGGUUUUUUGGUAAAAUGUACAUAAAUAGAUUUUUAUCAGAUUUUUUUUUUUAAACAAUAGUUUGAGAAACUUUUGUAAAUAUGCCACCUGAGCCGGAAACGAAUAGUGAGGAUCUUCGACAUUUGAACGAUCCGUUGCGCCUGCCCACAUCGGUGCUAAGCGAAGAUCCAAGAUAUCGCAUCAAGCCCAUGCAACAGGUUAUGUCCGCGCUUUUUGGUGGCCUAAUCACAACGUUUGUCGUGACACCGUUGGAGGUGGUUAAGACCCGUGUUCAAACACAGCACACUGUACCCAAGCGCCCGACAGUGUCCAAGCUAUGCUAUGUAUUCCACAAUGGCCUAAUGACACACGUCUGCAAACCAAAUGCCAACGAAUGCAUUCCCAAGCCUGGCAAACCUCCAACCAAUUUGCGUCCAUUGCGCGGUGCCAUGGAUGCCUUCAUGAAGAUUAUUUGUACCAACGGUAUCGGCGGUCUUUGGUCGGGACUAAGUCCAACUCUAGUGUCGGCCCUGCCAUCGACCAUUAUUUACUUCCUGACCUAUGAGUAUCUGAAGAAUUCGUUCGGAAAUUUGUACUUUAUGUGCCAGCAGAGUGCUCAGGCUUCUGAUGUCUCCACUAAGAGUGGUAGUAGUAAUACGGAUACAGUGGAAUCGGCAACGAUGCCUGUCCCAGCAGUAGUGCCGAUGGCUGCUGGCAUUUGUUCACGCACUGUUGUUGUUACCGCCAUAACACCCAUCGAAAUGAUACGGAUUAAAAUGCAAUCGGGGUACAUGACAUAUGCUGAAUUGUGGCGAGUGUUGGGCUCUCUGAUACGCACUCAAGGGUUUUUGGGUUUGUGGCGUGGCUGGCCACCGACAGUAAUGCGAGAUGCUCCCUUUUCGGGCACAUAUUGGGCGGCAUAUGAGUCUAUGAAGCGAGCCUUCAAUGUGACAGAACCGACAUUUGGUUUUAGUUUUUUAACAGGAGCAGUCGCCGGGGCGCUAGCUACUUGGGUGACAAUGCCCUUUGAUUUGAUUACCACUCAUACACAAAUUGAGUUGGGCCAGGAUGUGCUCCACUCCGACAGCAUGGCAAAGGGUAAGGCAACAGGCGGAGCAGGAGUGGGUCCGGCUGUUAGUACUGCUCCAGGAGCACGACCCUCAGUUUUUAAUCGCUUGGGCCACAUCUAUCGUCAGCAAGGAUUACGCGGUCUUUACGUUGGUGUAAUGCCGCGCAUGUUGCGCGUCGUUCCAGCCUGCGCCAUUAUGAUAUCCACAUUUGAAUAUAGUAAAGCUUUCUUUUUCCAUUACAAUCUGGAUCUUAAGGAGACGGGCUAUCGCCGGCGGGCAUAUUGACAAAGUCACAUCAAGAUCCCAAGGAAGAAACUGGAUAAAACGC